AUGGCAGGUAUGUUGAUGUCAAGAGAGCGAGAGGCUGCAGAUUAUCUUAGAAAACACAAAAUUGUAGAACUCGUGGAAAAUUGAACAAGCAUGCUCUUCUUUUACAGACCAGGUUAGACUUAUUUUUAAUUAUUUGUUAACAUUUUCUUCCCAUCUUUGGUGAUUUAAGUAAUAAAAAAAUGUAAGCCAGCCUGCUGCUGCUAACUAAUUGCCCGGACUGCUUGACUGACUACGGCAGAAGAGCGAGACUUCAAAACAAAACACACUCAUCACUAGCAUCCUCUUUGGCAACAUUAGUCAAUGAAUUCACCCCCCAAAUAAUGUUUUUUCUAUCACCUUCUGGUGUUUCAUACUCGUAUACUGCAGUGUUGUUUUUCACCCAGGAUCUACUAGUUUGCAAAAUAGAAGGGUUCAUGCAUAUGAGUAUGGCAUAGCCUAGCAGGGCAGGCUAACCUUUGUGGAAUAUUGACACGACAUACACAUUUUCCCCAUCCUCUGUGCUGUUUCUAUUACAGAGAGACCAAGAGAGUUAUUGAUCAAACAGCUUGAACAGCGAAGAAUGUCCAAAAUGCGGUCACUGGAUUGCCCAAGGCUGUUAAAUUACACAAGCGUGGAUGGAUUUUGGAAUCUUGGACCUUACCAAACAAGGGCACAUCACUUUUGUUUAGUACAUGGAGGGGGAGUCACAGAAAUUGUCAAUUUGAUCAAUUGCAAGGCAAUGGCCCAGAACCCAUUUGGAGGGGGUGUGACAGUGGGACACCUACCUACUGUAUCAGACAAGUGCAUCAAAAAGAAGUGGGGACAAUGAGAUUCAUCCAAAAGUUGGGGGGCAUACCGAUGAUUCAGCUCUAUAUAAGUCUAUAAAUAAUCUCUCGUUGACAGACGCACAUAACAUAUCUGACGCAAUUAUGCAAGAUUUUACUUCUGGGUUUCUGAAAUUAGUCACCCCAAUGUUCACACCAUUUAAUCACUCCUGAAGAAACACUCAACAUACUAUGCAUGAUUUUGUUUCGCAUUAUUAACCUCUCAGGGGAUAGAGAAGUUUAAUGAGUGUCCUGAAGGUGUGGCCAAGGGCAAGAUAUCGCAGGAAACCUUUAAGCGAGAGGCGUAA